AUUUUCUUUGUUGAAUUUCAUUCUGGGCUUUUGAAAAUUGCUCUCUUUUGCUUCUUUACCGUGGAGAGAUUUGAAGUAACAUUAUUGGUCUAGUUUCAAAUUCCAAACGAUUAUUUGUUGUUUGAGAUUGAGGAAAAAGGCUAGUUUUUUACUUCCCGAUUUGGCUGAGCUCUUCGAGUAUGGAAGAAGUUGCAGAUAAGAAGCAAUUGAAGGAUUUUCUGGUGGCAAGAUUUGUAUGGAGGAUCGAGAAUUUUACUAGUUCAAACAAAUCAAAGCUUUACUCUGGAACAUUCGUCAUCAAUGAAUAUAGAUGGAGGUUACUGCUUUUCCCAAAAGGAAAUAAAGUUGAAUAUUUGUCAUUGUACCUCGAUGUUCCUGAUGCACAUAGCUUACCUUAUGGCUGGAGUAGAACUGCCAAGUAUAGUAUAGCUCUGAUAAACCAGAUAGAUAGCAAGAAGACUGUCAAGAAAGAAACAGAACACGAAUUUCAUGCAAAAGAAAGUGAUUGGGGCUUUACGUCGUUUUUUCCUCUAAGUGAAUUGCAUGAUGAAAAUGGUGGGUAUCUUGUCAAUGACACGUGCUUGAUUGAAGCCGAAGUAUCUGUGCCUGAUACCUUUUCAGUUUCCACGGAUAAUCCUUCGGAUACUUCUGUUCCUGUUGAUCCCGUGGAAUCUGUAUACAUCAAGGCUGAAUCCUUUCUCAAGUCCAUACCCAAGAAAUCGUUCAGCUCAGUAUCGGAUGCUACAUGUGAAGUGCCUUUGUUCAGAGACCAUGCAAUUUUGGCAAAAGGAUGCUUUAACAAACUGAUUUCAUUUCCUUUAGAUGAUUUGGUCAAUCCCAAGCAUGAAACUGCAAUGAUAGAGUCCUUGUCUAUACUUAGCGACAACCUUUCUUUGUUUUCUGAUGAACAGGCCAGAGAAAUUAUGAGUUUGAAAGCUAAUUUUCCCUCGACUAUACAGGACUGGAGAGACUCGGUUCAAGUUAAGGUCAGUGGCGAGCAUCUAUGGUCUACUUUUGAGAAGACCAACAAUUUGCUGGAAGAUUUAGUCAAAACUGAAGAGGGAAUAAAGACUAAACUCGAGGAGUUGAAUAACAGAGAAAAGGAACUGGAGAUGCAGCUAGAAGGACUUAAAAGCAAAAGUCGACAACUCAAGGAGGAAAGAGUAGAAAUAUCGAAGCAGACAAAGCAAGUUUAUGCUCUUGCACAAGAGCAGUCCAGCAAAAUUAAAGGCAAAGAGCCAGAGGUGGAUCUUGCGAACAAGAAGUUGGAGGAUUUGAAAUCUAAAUGGGCCUCCAUUAAAGCUCUCUUCGCUUGAGUUUUAGUUUUGUUGCUUUUUAUGUUGUGUAUUUCUGAUUGCACCAAAACUCAUAUUUUUCAGAAAACUAGAUUCUAAUGCCUUAUGUAUGCUUUGGCUAGGACAUCAUAGUGACUCAUUCCCUUGUCCAUAACUACUAUGAGACGUGAUGUUGAUUAUUGUUGAACUUGUACUGUUUAUAACUACUACUUUCAUAAGAUGGGCAGGCUUAUUUUUA